CAUUCACAGUAAACGAGGAAGAGUUCUUUAGCUGUAAAGGAAGUGUGGGUCUGCGGCAGCGGCAGUAACAUGAAGUGUGAACACUUCAUAUCGGAGGUGAAAACAUUUUUUGACUCCCGAACGAAGAGAUGCCUUUGUUAAUCCAAAACAGAGAGCUUGGCUGCGUAAACUCAUCUGCAGAGCUGUUCGAGAAAUAUCCUCAUCUGCAGGAAAGUGCGAAAACAUUUCGCUCCAGGCCUCUUGUUGAUGUGGAUCCAAAGUGCCUGCUGUAUGUCCACCAGAGAGAGUUUGCUGCAACGACCCCAGCUGACAAGUUUGUCUCAGUCAUUGGAUCAGAUGACGCCACCACCUGCCAUCUGGUAGUACUGCAGCACACUGGAAGCAGAGCCGCCUGCCUGGCUCACUGCGACGGCUCCAACACCUGGUCGGAGGUCCCUCUCUUCGUGAAAGCAGUGGCAUCGCUGAGCACCUUCUGUAAGGAGGGCAGGUUUGAGCUCCACAUCGUUGGGGGAUUCAUUGACGACUCCAAAAGAUCUCAUGAUCUCAGUCUUGACCUACUUGCAGCGUUUCAGAAACAGAACGAGGAAAUUCACCUAGAAACCUGCUGCAUUACAGAGGUGAACGACGUGGUUUGUGAUCGGAUUCACAGACCUGCGGUGUACGGCGUAGGUGUAAACGUGAAAACAGGUGAGGUGUUCCCCGCCUCCUUUACGGACAAAGGCCCCGCAGAGGAGCUGCGAUCCGCACGGACCUUCGUGGGAGGGCAGAUGGCCGACAUCUACGACUGCAGCCGGGGGCUCGUGAAAGUUGGUCCCUGCAAAUGGUCACCUAACCUGGACAUUGGCUUCUGGUUGUCACAGGACGAUGACACAAUUUUAAAGUACCUCUCCACUUCUCCAAAGGCUGAGCCUCCUCACUUUGUGCGGCACAUCAAGUCCACCAUCCGGUUUAUUUUGGAGCAUCCAGACCCCGAUGGCCUGUUCCCGAAUGCUGAGCCUCAGCUCUUCCACAGGACGGAGGGUGGGGACUGGGAGAGGCUGCUCCACCCGUGACGUCUCUGACUCCCAACUCUGACUGUCUUUACCUCACUGUGACUGCCUCAGCCACUUUAUGAUUCCCUGGUUCCCAAACAUUGUGUCUUAAAACAGGACCAAGCUUCAAGCAGAACCCGUGUCGGGUCUGCUGCAUCUUCUGACCGGUCCAGUGGGAAAAGAACCUCCAGCAGUUCAUCUUUACUCUUCUGUGCUUCAAGUCUACACAUUGUCCGCUUUAAAAGCCCCUACAGUUUAGCUGUCAACAUUUCUGUGCAGUUUGGCUUUUUUAUUCUCUCCAUAAAACUCCUUCACUUUUUUUCCAAAUGAAGAAGAAUUGGUGCAAUUUAUGUGAAUAUUUGAAGCCUUUUGCCUUUGAUUCAGUGACUCUUUAAGAGGAACAAGGCAUGUUGGGCUCAAAGCUAAGCGUGGUCCUGCACAGUCCUACCUUGGAUUUAAAAAAAAAAGAAAUAAACAGUGAGAUUUCCCAAAAUCAGCAUCAGAAUUUUCAAGCAAAGGUAUUCAUGGCAAGCAGUCUUGGUGUGAACAGCAGCCUUUUCUGUUUCAAAACUGUUAAAAACAGCUGAAAUGGCGUUUACUUAUGUAACGCUUUACUACCUUCUUGGAAGGCCCAAAGCGCUUUACAGUCACAAUCCCAUUCAUCCAUUUACACAUGUUGAAAACGGCCCGCUGCCAAAGACCUAUAACCACCAGUAGCAAUGUGGGCUUCAGUGACUUGCCCAAGGGCACUUUGACAAAUGUGUUCGAAGAGAAUAGCCUAUACUUCACUCGUUUCUGUGAUUUAGUGACUUCAUUGGUAACGCAGUCUUUUAAAGAAUGCAAUCUAGUUUUAUUUUGAAAGCGCAUUUUCGUUUUUCAUCAGUCGUGUUGUUUAAAUGGAUGUUUGAUGCUGAAAUGUGUCAGUUUAGCUUUAGCAUGUCACUGUGGUUAAAUAUAAAUAAAUAUUAAUGGCCAAAUGUAUCUGGUUUGAAACCUGCAGUCUACUUCAAAGUGAAAAGAUUUUAAACUGCUUUAAAUUGAAAUAUUAUAAAAUCAGGGGCACAAACUGGUUUUAUCUUUUGCUGAUCUGGUUUGUUUAAUGACCCACUCCAAUGAAAAUGCUCUUAUAGGUGUUUCUAACAUGCUCUUGUAGCAUUUUUCUCAUGAUGGAGGACAUUUAUAAAGAAAAUUCAGAUUAAAACUGAAUUUCUGAGUAUUUCUGGAUUUAAAUUGUGAGUCAGGAACAGACGUUAAAAUAUUGUUGGAAUAGGUUGUAGUUUGAUGAAACUACAAUCGACGAGCCACACUAGACAACUAUGUCCACGAAUGUCUUUGUUUUCCUCGUCCGAGCCGGAAUUUGGCUCAAAACUGCACGGCUGGUUAGCUCCGAUAUUUGCCGACGUUUUUGUUGUAUCCCUUAUGUUGGGUUGAGGUUGUGAGGGGCUGGGAGCUAGCAGGAGGAAAGGGAUGUUGGGAAGUGAAGGCAGGCUUACUCCAACGGCAACAGUUCCACCCACAACUCGGAGGUGAAUUUCUAAUGAACCCCUGCUGCUCUGCAGAAACUAUGUCCUAGAAAAGGACGAUUAAUUUUGUCCAAAUACGUCAUACUCAUAAUUAAAAGACCACUAUCGGCGCUUUUACAAAAGAUCAAAUGAUUGGAGUGGGACUUUAGGUUCCAGGGAACAAAAGUUUCAGGUUUUUCUUUUCCAGGUGUUUAUGGACAACAGUUUGUUCUGAGUAGCCGUGUCGCUCGUACAUGAGUUAUGAACAUUUGAAUAGAAUUUCCCCCCAAAUCACAUGUAACAUUGUGCUUCAUGAGUUUUACAAAAUAAAUUUGUCAGGUUGGGUAAUACAGAGAA